AUGGUAUCGUUAUAUGAUGUUGGAACCCGUUGUUGGUAUCCAAAUGAAACAUUGGGUUGGAUAGGUGCAACAGUUAAAUCUAAUAGACAACAAGGCGACAAGUAUGUUAUAGAAUUUGUAUCUGAAAAUGAUGAAUCACAGAUAUUCACAAUAGAAACUGAUAAUAUAUCAGAAGAAAAUGAUAAAUUACCUCCAUUACGAAAUCCGCCAAUUUUGGAGGCUGCUGAAGAUUUAACUAGUUUAUCUUAUUUAAACGAACCAGCAGUUUUACAAGCAAUUAAAUUACGUUAUUCUCAAUUAAGUAUUUAUACAUAUUCAGGUAUUGUUUUAAUUGCCACGAAUCCUUUCCAAAAAGUUGAUCAGCUAUACACUCAGGAUAUGGUUCAAGCCUAUGCAGGUAAGAGAAGAGGUGAAUUAGAUCCUCAUCUUUUCGCCAUUGCAGAAGAUGCUUUUAGAUGCAUGAAAGACAAUCAAGAAAAUCAAACAAUUGUGGUAAGUGGUGAAUCAGGUGCUGGUAAAACUGUUUCCGCUAAAUUUAUUAUGAGAUAUUUUGCAACUGUCGAAGAAGAUGUAGAAUAUCAUCCACAAACUAGUGAACAUAAAGCAGAAAUGUCAGAUGUUGAAAAACAAAUUUUGGCUACUAAUCCAAUCAUGGAAGCUUUUGGUAAUGCUAAAACUACUAGAAAUGAUAAUUCUUCUCGUUUUGGUAAAUAUUUGGAAAUCUUGUUUGACAAAGAACUUUCAAUUAUUGGUGCUAGGAUAAGAACAUAUCUUUUAGAAAGAUCAAGAUUGGUUUUCCAACCGGAAAGUGAAAGAAAUUAUCACAUCUUUUAUCAAUUAUUGGCCGGUAUGAAUCAAGAAGAAAAGGAUAAGUUAGGCUUAACUGAGGCUAAACAUUAUACUUAUACUAAUCAAGGUGGUUUACCAGAAAUUGACGGAGUUGAUGAUGCAGAAGAAUUCCAGAUUACUAAAGAUGCAUUGGAAUUAAUUGGAAUAAAUGGUUCUCAACAGUUUGAAAUUUUCAAGAUUUUAGCCGGUCUUUUACAUAUUGGUAAUAUUAAUAUUGCACCAACUAAAAAUGAUGCCCAUUUAUCAAGCGAUGAACCAAAUGUUGUUAAAGCAUGUGAAUUGUUAGGUAUUGAUCCAGUCGCGUUCGCCAAAUGGUGUACUAAAAAGCAAAUCACUACUAGAACUGAAAAGAUUACUAGUAAUUUGAAUCAUACUCAAGCUCUUGUUGCUAGAGAUUCUUUUGCCAAGUAUAUUUAUUCAGCCAUGUUUGAUUGGUUGGUUGAUUAUGUUAAUACCGAUUUAUGUCCAGAUGAAGUUGCCGAAAGAGUUCAUUCCUUUAUUGGUGUUUUGGAUAUUUAUGGGUUUGAACAUUUUGAAAAGAAUUCUUUUGAACAAUUCUGUAUUAAUUAUGCCAAUGAAAAAUUACAACAAGAAUUUAAUCAGCAUGUCUUUAAAUUGGAACAAGAAGAAUAUAUUAAGGAAGAAAUUGAAUGGUCUUUUAUUGAUUUCUCGGAUAACCAACCUUGUAUUGAUGUCAUUGAAAAUAGAUUAGGUAUAUUGGCUUUAUUAGAUGAAGAAUCGAGAUUACCUGCUGGUAAUGAUGAGUCCUGGAUUGACAAGAUGUAUCAAAACUUGAAUAAAGAACCAACCAAUAAAGUUUUCAAAAAACCAAGAUUUGGUCAAACUAAAUUCAUUGUUAGUCAUUAUGCUUUGGAUGUUACUUAUGAUGUCGAAGGUUUCAUUGAAAAGAAUAGAGAUACUGUUGGUGAAGGUCACUUAGAUGUUAUCAAAAACACAACCAAUCCAUUGUUACAAGAUAUCUUGGCAAUCCUUGACAAAAAUUCUGCUGCAUUAGAAGCAUCAAAGGCACAAGAAACUAAAUCAAGAGCUAAGACAGUGAAUAGAAAACCAACUUUGGGUUCAAUGUUUAAGAAUUCUUUAAUUGACUUAAUGAAAACUAUCUCGUCGACCAAUGUUCAUUAUAUUAGAUGUAUUAAACCAAAUCAACAAAAGAAAGCAUGGGAAUUCGAUUCAUUAAUGGUGUUAUCGCAAUUACGUGCUUGUGGUGUUUUGGAAACUAUCAGAAUAUCAUGUGCUGGUUUCCCAUCAAGAUGGACAUAUGUGGAAUUUGCUGACAGAUAUCAUAUCUUAUUACAUUCUCAAGAAUGGAUUAAAGUAAUGAGUGGUGAAACUACUCAAGAAUCAGUUAGUGGACUUUGUCAUCAAAUCUUGGAUGCAAAUAUUGAGGAUAAAGCGAAAUAUCAAUUGGGUAAUUCCAAGAUUUUCUUCAAGGCUGGUAUGUUGGCUCAUUUUGAAAAAUUAAGAUCGGAUAAAUUAUAUAGAUCGGCAGUUAUGAUUCAGAAACAUAUGCGUGGACGUUAUUAUAGAAAGAAAUAUCUUGAAAUUCGUGAUUCUCAUAUUAGAUUACAAUCUUUGGUUCGUGCUCAUAUGACUAGAGUGAGAGUUAAGGCUGAGCAAGAAAGAAUCGCAGCUACUUUGAUCCAAACUUCAAUCAGAGGAUUUUUGGCCAGGAAACAAUAUCAUACUACCGUUUCUUCAGUUGUUGUUUUACAAAAGGCAAUCAGAGGAUUACAAGCCAGAAGAAAUUUCCUUGUUUUACGUACCGAAGCGGCUGCUAUUGCUAUUCAAAAAUCUUGGAGAGGUUAUCAACAAAGAAGCGAAUACAACAAAACAAGACGUGCUACUGUUGUUGUACAAUCUGCUUUUAGAAGGCAAUAUGCUAUUCGUGAAUUGAAACAAUUGAAGAUUGAAGCUAAGUCUGUCAACAAAUUGAAGGAAGUUUCUUACAAGUUGGAGAAUAAGGUUAUUGAUUUAACUCAACAAUUGACCUCCAAGAUUCAAGAAAAUAAGAAAUUGGUUGAAGAAAUUAGUAGUUUGAAGGCAUUAAUGGAACAACAAGGACAAGCUCAUGAAACCCUCAAGAUUCGUGAACUUGAAUUUAAUGAACAAUUUGACGCUCAAAAUCUAGAACAUCAACAAGAAAUUGCUAAUUUGAAUAAGGAAUUAGAAUCAAUCAAGAAUGAUUAUGCUUCUGCUCAAUCGAAGAUUGAAGAAUUAUCCAAGGAACAAGCUGAAUUGAAAGAAGAAGUCAAGAGAACAAUUGAAGAGUUACACCAAGCUAAGGAUGAAAUCGUUAAACGUGAUACCAUUGAAGUUGAUUUGAAAUCUCAUAUUGAACAAUUAAAAUCCGAACUUGCCCAAUUACAAAAACAAGUUGGAUCAGGAGAAUUCUUACCCAAACAAAGAAACGGAGGCAACACUGCUGCAGGAUAUACCAAUGGAAGUCGCACUAGAACGGCCAGUAAACGUCAUAGUUCAGCUUUGGCCUGGAAUACUCCAAAUUCUCUUGAUUCUAACAAUAGACCAGUUUCGUUCAUUGCUGUCUCCAAUGAAGAUCAUGCUACUAUUGAUGACAUUAACGAUGAAUUAUUUUCGUUAUUGAGAGAUUCUAAGAGAUUACAUCGUGAGAUUGUGGAAGGAUUAUUGAAGGGUUUGAGAAUUCCAGCCGCUGGUGUUGCUGCAGAUUUAACUAGAAAGGAAGUUUUAUUCCCUGCUAGAAUCAUUAUCAUUAUUUUGUCUGAUAUGUGGAGAUUAGGUUUAACUAAAGAGAGUGAAGAAUUUUUGGGUGAAGUAUUAUCAUGUAUUCAAUUAAUUGUUCAUCAAUUGAAGGAUGAUGAAGUUAUUCCAAAUGGUGCAUUCUGGUUAUCUAAUACUCAUGAAUUAUAUUCUUUUGUUUCAUAUGCUCAACAAACCAUUAUUGCCAAUGAUACUUUAUCUCAUGAAAUGAGUGAAGAAGAAUUCAAGGAAUAUUUGAAAUUAGUUGCCGUUGUUAAGGAAGAUUUCGAAUCACUUUCGUAUAAUAUUUACAAUAUGUGGAUGAAGAAGAUGGAAAAGGAUUUGGAAAAGAAGGCAGUUUCAGCCGUGGUUAUGUCACAAUCCUUACCUGGUUUCAUGGCACCUGAAAAUUCAAGAUUCUAUACCAAGGUAUUAUUUUCACCAACUACUCAAUAUAAGAUGGAUGAUAUCUUGAGUGUUUUCAAUUCAAUUUAUUGGUCAAUGAAAUCAUAUUUUAUUGAACCUAAGGUUAUGAAUGAAGUUAUUAUUGAAUUAUUAAGAUUUAUUGAUGCAUUAUGUUUCAAUGAUUUAUUAAUGAAGAAGAACUUUUUGAGUUGGAAGCGUGGUUUACAAUUGAAUUAUAAUGUUACUCGAUUAGAAGAAUGGUGUAAAGGACAUGAAAUUCAUGAAGGUUCAGCAUAUUUAAGUCAUUUAUUACAAGCUGCUAAAUUAUUACAAUUACUUCAAAAAUUAUUAUCACAAUAUCUUGUUGCUGAUUAUGAAACUCCAAUUGCACCAAAUGUAUUACAAAUCGUGGCUAAUAAAGUCAGAGAAUCCAAUAAUGCAGAAGAAUUAUUUGAGUUAGUGAAUACAGAUGGACAAUUUAAUGAUCCUUUCAGAACCAUUGAUUUGAGACCAUUCUCAAGAGUAGAAGCAUAUGUGCCUGCUUGGUUGAAUUUACCUGCUGUUAGAAGAAUUGUUGAAUUAGUGGCUAAGAAUGCAUCUGCACAAGAAACUAACUUGACAUUACAAGAAGAUGAUGUAGAAGAAGAAGAAGAAUAUGAACCUGAACCACAUGCCGUUAUGGUUAAUGGUGCUUAA